AUGAGCCAGCAAGAUAACCAACCUACUUUUGUGGUCGUGACCGGGAACCCUCAAGUGGGACAAGGCCAGCGACUGAGUCAGAUCCGAUCGCGAAAUGCGAUAAAGCAUCAUGAGCGCAGGAUUGCUCGAUACAAUGGAAGCCACUCAGUCCAAAAGAAACAAGCACAUGUGAUGAGGGGUAUGCAAGUUGCGUUCGAGAGAAUACCCCAAGAGCUUCACACCAAGUUCGGGCCUCCACCUCUGGCUUCAUCACCGACAGGUUCUACAAGAAUGCGAAAAUAUAAUAAUUGA